AUGGCCAGCAGCGACGACGACACGCAGAAGAGCAGAGUCUUCAAAGGAGUGUACGCGUACGUGCACGGCGAGUUCGCAGGCCUCACUCGCCGCCGGGUGGGUCGAAUGGUCGAGGAGGGAGGAGGCAGGGUCAUCGACAAGCUCGACAACCCCAAGAUCACGCACAUGAUCCUCUCGCCACAGCUCUGGUCGCGUCAAGGUACCACUUGGGCCGACCUCACGGUUCGCCAGACGAUCAGGGCAAACGAGGAGAACAGGACGGAGGAGGACGAGGACUACAACCGCGUCUGGCUGCUCCCUCUCGAGUGGCUCACCGAGUCGCUCGCCCAGAAGAAGCGUCUCGACGAGCGCAAGUACGACUACGAGCGUACGAAGGACCAACAGCGUGCCGAGCGGGCUGCUCAGCUGCGCGAGGAAAACAAGAAGUACGGUGGCAAGAGUCGCUUCGGACGCGGCGAACGCCAGAAGUACGAGAGGGAGAAGGCCGUCGCUGCGGAACUCGCGGCGCAGAAGAAGAUCGAGGCCGAGGGCAUCAAGCUCGACGACCAAGCGUUCUCGGGCCUUUCGGUAGUCGCCAACAAGGCCGGUCCCUCCUCGUCUGCCGCCGCCGCGCCUCUCGCUGCCGUUCCUGCUCCAGCCGUCCCAGAGAUCCCUACGGCGCCUUCAGCCGCAGGCGGUCUCUCCUCCGACUUGAUCAAGCAGUCGCUCCAGGCGCAGCAGGACGCGAAAUACCAGAAGCCUGUUCCUCCGCCCAAGCCGAAGACCCCUGCGGAACUCGGCAAGGUCGCUGACCAAGAUGGGUCCAUUAAGGCGGCUGAGAAGGAGGAGAAGCGCGCCAAGAUGCUUCAGGCUGCUGAGAGAAGGGAGCCGAAGAAGUUCAAACCUCUGAAGAAGCCGUCCAUCGAGAAGAAGCCUUCGCCGCCCGUCAAGUCGACUGCGUCUACCGCCGCCUCGUCGCCGAACAAUGCUGCACCGGCAGGCUCGCUCAAGCCGGCCAUUGGGACGCUCAAACCCAAGCAGCCCAAGCCCAGCGCAUGGGGUGGCGGCGUCUCGCGUCCUCUCCCGAAGCACGUCUCGCUUCCUCCCUUCGGUCCCGCUCCGUCGACCAACUCGUCCGCCUCCGCUUCCACGUCGACGUCGACCAGCCAGACGGGCCAGAAGCGCGACUUCGGCGGCCUCGAGUUGAGCGACAGCGAGGACGAGCCGCUGUCUCAGCAGGUCGCGAAGAAGAGGAAGCUCUCCUCCGUCGCGCCUUCGUCCGACACCGGCUCGUCCUUCAAGAGCAAGAACAUGCCCAGCUCCGAGAUUGACAUGCUCGACAGCGACCCGUGA